AUGACGCUCUCAUCCCUUCUCCGCAUUACUCCCCGCUUAACCCCGACUGCGGCCCGCAGGACAACGCGAGCUGUAUCGUCAGCCACCAAUACACCGAACACGAAGUCCUUAGAUUCAAUUCUCAUUGCUAACCGAGGCGAGAUCGCUCUUCGUGUUGGACGUACUGCUGCGGAUCGUGGCAUCCGCGUGACAACCCUCUACACCGACCCGGAUAGUCGGGCUCAGCAUGCAUUGAGCUCUCCCUUUGCUUUUAAUCUAGGUUCCGUGUCCGCAUAUCUUGAUGGCGACAGGAUCAUCGAAAUUGCAAAGAAGGAGGGAUGUCAAGCCAUACAUCCCGGCUAUGGCUUUCUGAGUGAGAAUUCUGCAUUCGCGCGAAAAUGUACCGAGGCCGGCUUAGUAUUCAUCGGCCCUCCGUACAAGGCCAUUGAGGAUAUGGGAGAUAAGAGCCGAUCCAAAGAAAUUAUGACUGCCGCAGGUGUCCCAUGUGUACCCGGCUACCACGGCCAUAAUCAAGACCCGGCCUUUCUCGAGGAGCAGGCGGAUCAGAUCAAAUAUCCAGUGCUCAUCAAGGCCAUCAAAGGAGGUGGUGGUAAAGGAAUGCGCAUUGCCAGCUCCAAAGCUGAAUUCCAGGCUCAGCUCGAGUCGGCGAAAUCAGAAGCAAUGAACUCCUUUGGAGACGACAAUGUGCUGGUGGAGAAAUACAUCACUACGCCUCGCCAUAUCGAAGUCCAGGUAUUCGCUGACAAGCACGGCAAUUCAGUUGCUUUGGGAGAGCGAGACUGCAGUAUCCAACGUCGACACCAGAAGAUUCUAGAGGAGUCACCGGCGCCUCAUCUUCCCGAUGUUACAAGAAAGGACCUCUGGGCCAAGGCCCGAUCCGCUGCAUUGGCAGUUGGCUACGAGGGUGCUGGAACCGUCGAGUUCAUUUUCGAUAACGACAGUGGUGAAUUCUACUUCAUGGAAAUGAACACCCGUCUGCAGGUGGAGCAUCCCGUAACCGAGAUGGUCACCGGGCAGGACCUUGUUCACUGGCAGAUUCUGGUGGCUGAAGGAGCCAAGCUACCCCUUACACAGGAGGAAGUAGAAGAACGGAUCGCCCAGAGUGGGCAUGGCAUCGAGGCCCGGAUCUACGCCGAGAACCCAGAGCAAGGAUUCAUCCCUGACUCGGGACGUCUUCUCCAUGUGCGAACCCCCGUGACUUCGGAUGACAUCCGCAUUGAUGCUGGCUUUGUGGAAGGAGAUGAUGUCUCAGCACACUACGAUCCCAUGAUCUCCAAACUGAUUGUUCGAGGCGCGAACCGCGAGGAGGCUCUUCGAAAACUAGCCGCUGCUCUGGAGCAGUAUGAAGUUGCAGGCCCCGUGACCAACAUUGAGUUCCUAAAGACCAUCUGCAAGAGCCCUGAUUUUAUCGCCGGUGAUGUUGAGACUGGCUACAUUGAGAAACACCGUAAGGAGUUAUUUGCUCCGAAGAUCAUCGAGGAAGAAGUUCUGGCGCAAGUCGCAUUGGCAUGCCUACACCGCGACAUCGGCUCGCGAAUGCCCCAAUCUGCCGGUGUCGCAGGGUCAGCCGUGGGCUUCACCCCUAGCUACCAAGAGCGACAACUGUCAUUCACAGAGACUGCAGGCCCCGGGUCUAGCGACGGCUCCACAUUCAAUGUGCGGGUGCAGCAAACCGCAGAUGACACCUUCAAUGUGGAGGUCGGCGGACGAGUCUUCGAGCAAGUAGUAAGCCACAUGGAUGCGUCGUCGCACAUUGUUACCUCCUUUUUCGCGCACACUCGGCUGGACACAACUGUCAUCCGGGACGAGGACACCAUUAUCGUUUUCCAGCGAGGAACUCAAUACCGGCUCACCGUGCCCCGAGCCAAGUGGAUGGAGAAGGCCCUUGGGAUGAAGGAUGUUACUAACAGCGUUCUGGCCCCGAUGCCAUGUAAAAUUUUACGCGUGGAGGUACAGGCGGGCGAUGUGGUGGAGAAAGACCAGCCACUGGUGGUUAUUGAAAGCAUGAAGAUGGAAACAGUGAUCCGCAGCCCACAACGGGGCACUAUUGCCCGGGUAGUGCACCGACAAGGACUCAGUACAUCUGAUGCUGAGCCCUUCACAAUGUUCAAACCAACAGUCGCUCGCACUGCCUUCAAGGCUCUAAACACAGCUCGUCCCGCCGCGUUUGCAGCUUCGCGGCCAGCUGCAGCCUUCGCUCGGCCCCUGUCUUAUACUCCCGCUCUCCACAAGAAAAGCAAUGACCCCUCAAACGACCCUAUUGAAGCUGCUACAACUAGAGCUCCGGAAGGUGCAUCCGGAGAGCAUGAGGGUCAGUUCGCUCGUACCGAUGAGAGCGUUCAUAUCGAAUACCCUCCCGACAGCGAGAUGCCCGCCCAGCCGGUUGUCCAGGGCCGUGGUGGUAUGCACUUUAAGCGUACCCUAGCUCAAUUCUCGCUGGAGAAAAAGGUUAGCAUGGUUACUGGUGGUGCUCGAGGCUUGGGGCUUGUUAUGGGACAGGGUCUUGUUGCUUCGGGCUCUGAUUUAGCUAUUGUUGAUCUUAACAAGGACGAAGCUGUGACAGCUGCCCAGUCGCUUAUUGAUCAAUUCAGAAAGGAGAACCCGGGUAUCGAGGACACCGAUAUGCCCACAGUCACAGCCCACUACGCCGACGUCGCAAACCCAGACUCAGUAAACGCCGCCCUAACCGAAGUGCUAGCCAAGCACGGCCAAAUCGACAACCUAGUCACCUCAGCCGGCUUCACCGAGAACUUCGACGCUAUCAACUACCCCUUCGAUCGUAUGCAGAAGCUAUGGGGCGUCAAUGUAGAUGGAACCUACCUCUUCGCCAUCGGCGUCGCCAAGCAUCUCAUGGAACGCAAGGCCCCGGGUAGCAUCGUCAUGAUCGGCUCCAUGUCCGGUGCCAUCGUCAACGUCCCUCAGCCCCAGGCUCCGUAUAACGCAGCUAAGGCCGCUGUGCGCCAUCUAGCUGCUUCGCUUGCUGUGGAGUGGGCUGGCCAUGAUAUUCGUGUUAACUGUAUUAGUCCUGGCUACAUGCUGACUGCUCUUACCCGCAAAAUUCUCGACGAGAACCCCCAACUCCGCGAUAAGUGGACUUCUCUUAUCCCCGCUGGAAAGAUGGGUACACCUGAGGAUUUGAUGGGCGCCGUGACUUUCCUGCUUAGCGAUGCGUCUAAGUACAUUACUGGUGCGGAGCUUCGCGUUGAUGGCGGGUACACUGUGACCUAA